GAAACAAAGCAGCAGCCAUGGCACGUGUCGUAAAAGGCGUCAACAUCGACAGUCUGGAUGACGAGUUCAAGUUGAUGGAACUCCUUGACUCAAUUGAGGACUUCGAAGAGCGUAAAGUGGUGCGUUCCAGGCUUCAGGAAGUGAAGGCCGUAAACAAAGCCAAGCGCGAAGCCCUGGUACGCAACCGUGAGCAGGAGCGUGAGAACGCCAUCCGGCAGCGGCAGCAGGAGGCCGCCGAACAGAAGCAACGGACACUAGCCAUGUACGACAAGAUGGCCAAGACCGGCAAGCUGGACACCACGCUGUACAAGGAAGGCAACUUGCUACGUGAAGGCGUGGAGUCUCAGGACGACGACGAGUCGGGCAAGACUGACCUCGUAGAGGACGCCAUCAAGCAGCGGCAGCGUGAGGCCGAUCUGCGCAAGAAGCGCAUUCUGGCCGCUUACGAUGCGGCCGCCAAGUCCGCCCCCGCCGGCGUCGUCAAGACGGUGGACUUCGACUCCUUCAAGAAGGCCGACGUGUCGACGUUCGAAGUGCCCAAGCCCACUGGCGCCGCCACAGGUUCCUCGACGUUCUGCGCAGCAGGCGGAGUUCCAAAGAUCGUCAAAGACACUCCCAAGAAUGCCUUCGCCAAGUUCCAGCAAAUGGACCAGGCUACCAAGCCGGCAAGGCCCAGCUUUAGCGUUCCAGUUCGUGGAGGACCUGCACGGAGUGCGAGCGACAUCAAGGAGAUGCUCCUGAAUUGGUGUAAAAGCAAGACCAAAGGAUACGAGCACGUGGACAUCCAGAACUUCUCGACGAGCUGGAACGACGGCAUGGCCUUCUGCGCGCUCAUCCACCACUUCUACCCGGACGCCUUCGACUAUGAGCAGCUGGAGCCCAAGAACCGCAGGCACAACUUCGACCUCGCCUUCCGCACGGCCGAGGAGCAAGCGGGAAUCUCGCCGUUGCUCGACACGGAGGACAUGGUGCUGAUGAAGAAGCCCGACUGGAAGUGCGUCUUCACCUACGUGCAGAGCCUGUACCGCAACCUCGUCAACAAGGACUGAUCCCCCGUGGUAGAGAACCGACAACUCACACAUAUCUAGUCUCUCUAACGUUUACUUUUAUCGUUGUAUUUUUCAAUUGUGAAGAAAGAAAAAAAUGAAUACACUGCGCGUUCACGAGUGCACACAAA